AUGUAUGGAAAAUUCAUAUAUGAGAAUUUUUUUAUGGAAUUUUAUUUCAUGUUAGGAAAACCCUCAAAAAGCUCUUAUGUACUCAAAACUUCAAUGCAAGAAGCAUUAAAAUGUUUUGCAAAUUUACGACAAACUUUAUCGAGUUCUCUACCCGGGGAUUGGAGAAUUAAUAGCGAAGGUCGAAUGAAGUGA